UACGGUCUACCCACCACGCAUGAGAUUCGCAACGUGACCAUAUCCCAGAAGCCAAUACAACAUGUUGGGAGUGCUUGAUGUAGCAAGAAAAGCAUAUAUUAGUGCUAGAGGGCGGCCGGCGCAGACGAUGCGAGGGCACAAGGGACAAGUGAAUGCAGUGGCAUUCUUCAAAGACAGCCGGCGAAUGGUCACUGGUUCCGUGGACUCCACCCUGCGAAUUUGGGACGUGCGGAAUGGAGCAUUUGGAGAGCCAUUCGAGGGAAAUCACUGUGUGCUAUCAGUCGCCGUGUCCCCAAAUGAGAGGCGGUUUGCUAGUAGCGGUGUAUUUGAUGAUGCAAUCAUCAUCUGGGACGUCGAGAGCAAGCAAAAAGUAUUUUGUCCGCUGGUGAAGCCCCUGAGGUACCUUGUGUACUCAUUGUGCUUCUCCCCGAACGGCAAGAUUCUCGCCAGUGGUUCGGAUGAUAAAACAGUUGUUUUAUGGGAUGCAGAAACUGGCGCUGUCCUCACAACACUCCACGGUCAUCGUGAUUCAGUGUUUAGUGUCGCAUUCAGCCCAGAUGGGCUAAAAUUAGCCUCCGGAUCACGAGAUCACAGCAUCCGAGUUUGGCAGACCGAUAAUGCCGAGCUUCUUCUUGAUAUCAACGCCCACGAAAAUCAUGUUAGAAGUGUUGUGUGGUCGCCUGAUGGCCAACAACUUGUCUCUGCAUCAAGCGACAGGACAGUCAAGUUCUGGAAUUCGACUAACGGAGACCAGAUCGGUCGACCUUGCACCGGUCACACUGACUCCAUUCACUCGCUCGCCAUUUCUUCUGAUGGCUCCUUCAUUGCCACUGCCUCACAGGACAAAACUGUGCGGCUGUGGAGCACAAAGACGCGCCAGCAGAUUGGACAGGUUCUUGGCCACCCCACAGAGGUCUGCUGUGUCGCAAUUUCUUCCACCGGAGAACUGCUCGUGAGUGGAGGCGAGGAUGGGAAUGCUCGGCUCUGGUUUAUUAAGAACAUACUCGAGCAACACAAUGCAGGGAAGAAGAUGAAGGAGGAUGAAGAAGAAUCACGGCGACCACAACAUUUUCGUGGUAGCACUAUUUUGCAUGAUGAUCCACAGCUGCCGGUGGAUGAUAACAGCCCAGGCAAUGGUCCCUCAGAAAUUCAUAAAGUCUCUGACAGUCACCACAAACACCUACCAUUUGACAUCGCUAAAAAAUCGCCGGUCCACACUGCAUACAUUGUUGGUGACCUGCAAACCGCUGAAUACCUGCUGAACCAAGAAAUCGACGCAGAUGAGAACCACAAUUCCUAUGCCAAUCGUUCAUUUGUAAGGGCACGAAACUCCGAUUGGGACAAUGCGCUUGAGGACGCGAAAAAGUCCAUUGCUACCCAGCCCUCAUUAUUGGGCUAUAUUUCCAAGGGCAUCUCCCUGUGCGGCAACCAUAAACUCUGGGACGCUAUGGAAGCCUUUGAUCUUGCUUCCACAUUUGCUAAUCGUGAUCCGAUUACUAUCUAUGUUUUACUAUUGAUCAAGGCUGUUGCACUUUUCAAUGCCAAUUGCCAUGAUGAGGCAGUGCGGCGAGUCGGAGACCUCGCCGCCACUUAUAAAAACUCAGAUGACCUUCUGUGCAGCGUUGUCAACUCGUAUCUGCGCGUGCAGCUUGCAAUAAACGCUUUCGAGGAUGGGCGCUACAUUGAAGCUGCUGAUCAACUCGGCAAAAGUAUUCCCAAUAUAAUCAACUUGUUAUCUUGCAGAACACUUUUUGAACCGAGAUUCAAGAUAUUCAUGGUACUCUUCGGUUGGGAUCUGGAUUGGUUGUGGCAAACCGUAAACCAAAGAUUGUGCGAAGCCCUCUUUCGCGCAGAUCGAGUGGUCGAAGCGGUCGAAGCGCAUCAAUACAUGAUGAACGAGGUUGCGAAGACAGAUUGUCAGCAAUGGUCCACUGCCUUCAAAAACGAAUGCACUGCGCGCUGUGUCUCAAAGGGAGACGAGGCCUUUGCUGCAAACAAUCACGACAUGGCUAUUGAAUUGUAUUCAGCAGGGAUCAGACUAGAUUCCUCAUGUGACUCCCUCUUUGUGCAACGCAGUAAGGCGAUGUUUCAACGACACCUCUAUGCGGAGGCCCUUCAGGACGCAAAAAAGGUCAUCGAACUCAACCCUUCAUCGUAUGUUGGGUACGAACUGAAGCAUGCAACGCUUCAUGCGACACAGCGCUAUGAUGAAGCAAUCGAAGCCUUCGAAAUGAUGCUCCUCAAGUUGGAAGAUACUACUGACGGGCAGAUAUGCAAGCUGCGUCAGCAGUACGUCAGUCCAUCUGAAGCCGGAGACACUAUUCGAAGGGCCGCUCACACUCACCUGGAAAAUGCACCACUUCGUGUACUCAACACCUUCACUGGGCGUUUAUGCAAUCAACAGGCCCAGAUGAAUGCCUUCGUGGAAAGCACAGAGUACAAGGAGCUUUUGUCUUCAUCGAUCAAGGAUCCGCAUCUCCAAUCGCAUCGCAUAAAAGAAGCGGUUGUGAAGUCCUUCCGUUGGGUCAUGUUAUCGCAUAGGUGGGAAAGCAAUGAGCCGCUCCUGCGUGACAUUGAGGGUCAGAGCAUGUAUGAUUUAGAUUCAGUCGGGACCAUGGUGAAAUUGCAGACGUUUUGCAGGAUUUCUCGGGAUGCUGGGUAUCGCUGGGCGUGGAGCGAUACGUGCUGCAUCGACCAGAAUAAUCAUGUUGAGCUCCAACGAUCGGUCAACUCCAUGUUCGUCUGGUAUCGCCAUUCAGCACUCACGAUCAUCUAUUUGUCGGAUGUCUCGCCUUCGGCGAAGUCGGGCGCACUGGCACACAGCGUUUGGAACACGCGAGGAUGGACUGUCCAGGAGUUCCUGGCUCCUAAGGUUGUGCUUUUCUACCAAAAGAAUUGGACCCUAUAUCUUGAUGACCGCUCUCCCAACCACAAGGAGUCUGUCACUAUCAUGCAGGAGUUGGAGCAUUCGACAGGCAUAGAUACACAGACCCUCAUCGCCUUCCGUCCGGGGAUGUCAGGUGCGCGAGAGAAGCUGCAAUGGGCGUCAACGCGUCACACUACGUUGCAGGAAGAUGUCGCAUACUCAUUGUUUGGCAUUUUCGGCGUCCACUUAUCUGUAAUCUACGGCGAGACGAAACAAAACGCACUCGGUCGGCUCUUGGAGGCGAUAGUAGCUCAGUCGGGCGACAUCACUGCCCUGGACUGGGUUGGGAAAGCAUCUGAAUUCAACAGCUGCCUCCCAGCUGAAAUCACCUCGUAUAAAUCUCCACCAUGCACGUUGCCAUCUCCACUGUCUGAAGAUCAGCUACAGACAUCAGUCUCCUCGCUGAGAGAUGUCGUAGCUGUCGAGUCAGCUUCAACAUUGUAUACCCGUCUUGACAACCUGAGCUCUCCUCGUUUCGCGACCCGCAGGCUACAACUUCCUUGCAUCGCAUUUUUUGUCAGGGAAGUCAGACGAAGGCAUGGUCAAGACCGGGAGACAUGUUUCAUUUAUGAUGUCAAGGCAGAUGGUCUUCGAGACCUGCAAAUCACCACCGAAGACAAGUUGAUUCAAUUCUCUCCGGCACGCCCCACUCCGCAGGCAUUCUUGCUCAUCCGUCCCUGGAACCGUCAUGAUGUUGGUCUGCCUGACUUUGCAGACGAUGCGAAGAGCAUGAUUACUUGGUCCGAACCUAUGUCUUACUUAGACGAAUCCCUUGGCGGGUAUCCUGGAGAACAUGAGCCUGUUGAUUCGGAGUCUCACUUGCGAGCAUUGAGGUUGAUCGUUCGCCUUGGACAGCCUUUUGGUGCACUUUUACUAGCUCAGCAACGAGGUGGGGAGUUCAAGAGGAUCGCUUCGGAUCACAACAUCAUAGCACAAGUCAAGGACACAACUGCUGUUCAUGACAUGUUGGACAUCAGGACGCUAGAGAUAUUGUAGUUGGAUUUCGAAGACGGGAACUUUGAGAGUACCUUUACAUACCCCUAGGUCGUUGUAUAC